UACGCAAAGAGUUCGUUUUGUGGACUGUAUUAUAGCAUUAAGGUUUUUUUCUGCUCUAGUACCUACUUAAGCACAAAAAUGCCCCACAGUCCCUCAUCACCAAUGAUUUAUACACUGGGUUUAUUGCUGUAUGUUAUGGUAGCAUUCCCAGGAAUCACGUCUGCAGACGACAUCCUCGUUGUCUUUAACGUUGAAGAAAAACUACCUGUGCAAAAGACAAAUAAAAAUUUUCUGAAUGUAGCUAUAGAUACCUCGCAAAUGAUGAAGAAUUUUUCAAAUAUCGACAUAAGAGAUGACAAAUUGGUAAAGCUGAUGAAACCUUUAGCGCCCGGAUAUUUAAGAAUCGGUGGCAAUAUGGCUAGCAGUUUACUAUUUGAUCCAAACGUUACAAUUACUCUAUACUCUGAUGCCGACUACGAAAUGAGGAAAGAAUUUACAAUGUCAGCAACGGUAUGGGAUGAUCUAAAUAACCUCGCUAAAAGAUCAGGUUUAAAAAUUCUUUUCGACUUAAAUUAUUUAACACGUCUCGAUGGAGAUAAGUGGGAUCCCAGUAAUGCCGAAGAAUUAAUCAAAUACUCGGCUAAACGCAACUAUUCUCUCGACUGGGAGCUGGGCAAUGAACCAAAUCUUUACCCGAAACAUUUCAACUAUACACCAAAGCCUGAGCAGAUGGCCGAGGAUUUUAGCACCUGCCGUAACCUUUUGAAUUCUUACCCGAUUUACAAUACUUCGUUAUUGGUUGGACCGGCCACAACGAGGCCCACUACGAUGACCACACCCGCGAGCAAAAUACUAUCUGGGUUCGUUAAACAUGGAAAGGAUUACGUUGAUGCUGUCACUUGGCAUCACUAUUAUUUCGAUGGACGUGAAGCUAACAUCUCCCACUUUAUGAAUCCAGAUGUCUUCAACCUACUAGACACGCAAAUCACUAAUUCAAAGGAAAUACUCAAAGAAGCUGGAGCCAAAAAGAAGUCGAUGUGGUUAGGUGAAACGUCCUCGGCUUUUGGUGGAGGUGCCCCGGGUUUAUCAAAUACAUUCGUCGCUACAUUUAUUUGGUUAGAUAAACUUGGGCUGGCGGCACGACAGGGGAUAGAUUUGGUUAUUCGACAGGCAUUAUUUGGAGGUAACUAUUCCUUAUUGGAUAGUGAUCUAAACCCGUUACCCGAUUGGUGGCUUAGCAUCAUCUACAAAAAGCUAGUGGGCCGUCGAGUGGCCCCUUGUAAGAUUUUCGCCCCAGCUGAAGUCAGACUAUACUGUCAUUGCGCCCGAAAAGUCUUCCAAGGAACCAAGUCUGUUGUUCUUUUUGGUUUGAACGUUAAAGACUCCGCAGAAAAUGUCAAAAUAGCAGAGUACGCUGGAGACGUUUGGGAGUACAGACUGAGUGCAAAAUAUCUCACUUCAAAGAAGAUGCAGCUGAAUGAUAAAACAUUAUCUGUUACAAGUGACGGCAUCUUAUCACGCAUAUCUCCCGUAAAAAUUAAGUCGAAUAAUCUUAAAAUACAUGGCCAUUCCCUUGUGUUUUGGAUUAUACCUAUGGAACUUGCAAGUUGUUCAUUGGAAUAGGUUUCUUUAUCAUGGUUGAUGGUGUAUAUCACGGAAACACUUAUUUUAAAAAAUAUAUUUUUUUAAAUAAUAUAAACUGUUAAUUUGUGAUAUUUAUAUAAAAAUACGU